CUUAGCAGAACAAGACCAGCUCCUGAAGCACAUGAUUAUUGAACACAAGCUCGUCAUAGCAGAUGUGAAACUGGUUGCAGAUUUUAGAAGUACUGUGAUCUACAUACAAGUGUGACUCCUUCUACAGCUGUGUCAUUGAUCAUCUCAUCAAGGUCACAUUUGGCUUUCUCUCUUUUAACUUCCUCCAGCAGCUGGCAUGGCCCUAGCUGGCUUGCAACUUCAGAGACAAGGCAGGCAGAAGGAGAAUGUACUGUUCUUUGGAGAUAGUACUAGUAUCUUUGGCUACAUCCUGUACUGGAAGAGGAGGUUUGCAGAACAGCCUAUCACAGACUUUUGUAGUGUGAUAAGAACAAAUUCAAAAGCUCCAUUAGAGGAACAGGAAAAUUAUUUUCUUUUAUGUGAUGUUUUACCAGAAGACAGAUUACUUAGAGAACAGCUUCAGCAAAAGAGACUGAGAGAAAUUCUAGAACAGCAACAACAAGAGAGAUAUGACACAAGUUUUCAUAGUAUGUGUAUGUUCUGUGAUCAAGAAUUCACAGGAAACAGAUCUGUUCUUCUCAAUCAUAUGGCAAGAGAGCAUGCCUUUAACAUUGGGCUGCCAGAUAACAUUGUGAACUGCUAUGAGUUUUUGGCUGUAUUACAGGGGAAGCUUGACAACUUGCAGUGUUUAUACUGUGAAAAAGUCUUCAGAGACAAAAACACACUUAAAGAUCACAUGAGAAAGAAGCAGCAUCGCAGAAUCAAUGCCAAAAAUAAAGAAUAUGACAAAUUUUAUAUCAUUAAUUACUUGGAAUUUGGAAAGUCCUGGGAAGAAGUGCAGUCAGAGGAUGACCGGGAAUUACUAGAUAACCUAGAAGAAGAUUGGUCUGACUGGGAAGAGCAUCCUGCAUGUGCAGUUUGCCUGUUUUGUGAACAACAAGCAGACACCACAGAAAAACUGUAUCUUCACAUGCAGAAAUCACAUGGAUUUCACUUUCCUAAAAUAAAGUCAGAGCAUGGUCUGAACUUCUAUCAGCAAGUAAAGCUAGUGAAUUUCAUCAGAAGAGAAAUCCAUCAAUGUCGUUGUUACAACUGCCAGGAGAAAUUUGAAUCCAAAGGAGGAUUGAUAAGUCAUAUGGAAGAGACCAAACACAUUGCAUUCCUGCCAGCCAGGUCUACAUGGGAUCAACCACAGUAUUAUUUUCCUACCUAUGAAAAUGACACACUCCUGUGUACAUUGUCAGACAGUGAAGAUGCAAAAGCUGAGGAUCAAAGUGAAGAAGUGCCUGUUGUAAGUGAAGAUAUAUCCAGUCUAAAAGCUCUCAAACAGAGCAGUGUUUUAAACCAGCUUCUGUGUAAAGAGAAAAAGAGUCAGGAGAAAUUUUGACCUGGAAGUACAGUGGAUGACCUUUAAUGCUUUUUCUGCAAAACAAAACAAAAAAAAAUUUCAGUACUUUUGGAAUUCAGUUAAACUCACAAAUGUUAUCAUCAUGGGACAAAUAUUAAAAAGUGAAUGCUAAAUAAAAAUUUAAGUGUUAA